AUGGGACCAGAAAACCAAACACGAGUUUUAGAUUUUAUCCUCCUGGGGCUCUCAGAAGAGGUAGUAAUGCAACCUUUCCUCUGUGGCUUGUUCCUGUCCAUGUACCUGGUCACCCUCGGUGGAAACCUGCUCAUCAUCUUGACCAUAAUGACUGACUCCCACCUCCACACACCCAUGUACUUCUUCCUCUCAAAUCUCUCUUUUGCUGACAUCUGUUUCACUUCCACCACCGUCCCAAAGAUGCUGGUGAACAUCCAGACACAGAGCAAAGUCAUUACCUAUGAAGGAUGCAUUACUCAGUUAUAUUUUUUCAUGCUUUUUGGAGGUUUGGACACCUUCCUCCUGACCGCGAUGGCCUACGACCGGUUUGUGGCCAUCUGUCACCCCUUGCACUACACAAUCAUUAUGAACCCCUGGGUCUGUGGCUUCCUGCUUAUGACUUCCUGGAUCAUCACUGUCCUGCAGUCUUUGUCACAGAGCUUAAUGGUUUUGCAACUAUCUUUUUGUACAGAAGUGGAAAUUUCCCACUUUUUCUGUGAACUUAAUCAGCUGGUUCAGCUUGCUUGUUCUGACACCUUUCUCAAUGAUGUUGUGAUGUAUUUUGCAGCUGGAAUCAUAGGUGUGAUUCCACUCACUGGUAUCCUCUUCUCUUACUCUAAGAUUGUAACCUCUAUUUUGAGAAUGUCAUCAGCUGGGGGAAAGUAUAAAGCAUUUUCCACAUGUGGGUCUCACCUCUCGGUGGUCUCCUUGUUCUAUGGCACAAGCCUUGGAGUGUAUCUUAGUUCUGCUGCUACACAAAACCCCAGGGCAAGUGCAAUAGCUUCAGUAAUGUACACUGUUAUAACACCCAUGCUAAACCCAUUUAUCUACAGUUUUAAAAAUAAGGACAUAAAGGAAGCCCUUAAUAAACUCUUCAGCAAAAAAAUAUUUUCUACAUGA